CCGACAGCCGAGAUUUCUGCUGUGGGAAUUACCAGUAACAAUUCACUAUGGGGGAUAUUCUGGCCCAUGAAUCUGAAUUACUUGGACUGGUGAAAGAGUAUUUGGAUUUUGUGGAAUUUGAAGACACCGUGAAGACAUUUUCAAAAGAAUGCAAAGUAAAAGGAAAGCCAUUAUCUAAAACUGUAGGUGGAUCAAUAAAGAAGGACUCCAAGUCACUGAUAAUCCAGAAGGAUCUGGUGGCAGCAUUUGACAGUGGAGACCAGAAGUUGUUCUUCGAUCUGUGGGAGGGACACCUUCCCAGCUCCAUCCGAGACAGCGACCCACUGGCCCAGAAGCUGGAGUUCUAUCUUCACAUCCAUUUCGCCAUCUAUCUUCUGAAGUACUCUGGAGGCAGGCCGGACAAGCAGGAGCUAGAUGAGAGGAUUUCUUAUUUCAAAACCUACCUGGAAACCAAAGGGGCUGCCUUGAGCCAGACCACAGAGUUUCUUCCCUUCUAUGCCCUCCCUUUUGUGCCCAAUCCUAUGGUCCACCCCUCAUUUAAAGAACUCUUCCAGGAUUCUUGGACUCCAGAAUUAAAGAUGAAGCUGGAAAAGUUUUUAGCUUUAAUAUUUAAAGCCAGUAACACACCAAAACUUUUAACCAUCUAUAAGGAGAAUGGACAGAAUAGCAAAGAAAUGCUGCAGCAGCUCCACCAGCAACUGGUGGAGGCUGAGCGCCGAGCCAUGACCUACCUCAAGCGCUACAAUAAGAUCCAGGCCGACUACCACAACCUCAUCGGAGUCACAGCCGAGCUGGUGGAUUCUCUGGAGGCCACAGUCAGUGGCAAGAUGGCCUCAACCAUGUUACGAGCCUCUUUGGUACCUGAGAAGUUGAAGGAUGUCCCAUUACUGCCUUCCCUGGAUUAUGAGAAACUGAAGAAGGAUUUGAUUUGGGGCAGUGACCGCUUGAAAGCCUUCUUGUUGCAGGCUCUGCGCUGGCGCUUGACCACAUCCCAUCCAGGAGAGCAGAGGGAGACAGUCCUGCAAGCCUAUAUCAGCAAUGACCUCUUGGAUUGUCACAGCCACAACCAGAGGAUCGUGCUGCAGCUGCUGCACUCCAAGAGCGAGGCUGUGCGGCAGUACAUGGCCAGGCUCAUCAAUGCCCUGGCAUCCCUGGCUGAAGGUCGACUCUAUCUUGCCCAGAACACAAAGGUGCUGCGGAUGCUGGAAGGAAGGCUGAAGGAGGAAGACAAGGAUGUCAUCACUCGUGAGAAUGUCCUUGGGGCCUUGCAGAAGUUCAGCCUCAGGCGCCCACUGCAGACAGCAAUGAUUCGAGAUGGCCUCAUCUUCUGGUUGAUCGACCUUCUGAAGGACCCCGACUGCCUGUCUGACUACACAUUGGAGUACUCUGUGGCUUUGCUCAUGAACCUCUGCCUCCGCAGUGCAGGAAAGAACAUGUGUGCUAAAGUGGCAGGGCUCGUGCUGAAAGUCCUUUCAGAUCUCCUUGGCCAUGAAAACCAUGAGAUACAGCCGUAUGUGAAUGGAGCCCUGUACAGCAUCCUUUCCAUCCCAUCCAUCCGUGAAGAGGCCAGAGCCAUGGGAAUGGAGGAUAUCCUGCGAUGCUUCAUCAAAGAAGGCAAUGCCGAAAUGAUCCGCCAGAUAGAGUUCAUCAUCAAGCAGCUGAAUUCUGAAGACUUACUGGAUGGUGUUCUUGAAUCCGAUGAUGAUGAAGAUGAAGAUGAUGAA